GCUGCUGUCAGAAUACUAGUCCACAGCGCCACCGACACCGAAACAGCAUCGUCCUUCACCGAGAACAACAUCGGUAGAAAAAAACGGAUCUAGUAUGAUUUAAGGGGCGGCUUGGGUGUUGGCAGCACAAGGAAACGCCGUUAUCCUCUUAAUUUUACCUAUUUAUAUAUUGUUUUUUGUUGUUUCCCAACGGAUUUCGAAUCCUCCCAGUAAUGGCUGGGGUCCAUGCCUCCGGCUGCUGAGCGGCAGGUGUAUUGUUGAGGACUUAUUUCUCAUUCAUUAUGUAUUCAACUACGGCGGAUACACAGGUCGGUAAGGACUGAACCGACUGCUACCGGAAUUGGAUGUUGCUGUCGCGAGGAAGGCAGUAGCAGGGUGCGUCGUUCCGUCCUCGAGGCUGCGGUGCAGCAGCAGCAGUAGUGGUCGGCUCGGGAGGGCGGUCUCUCUAUCCCCUUGUAAAUAGCUUAUAUAUAUUAUUGUGAAUAAAAAUGUCUCAAUACAGUUUAGUAGAUCAAGGUUAUAAAUCCUAACUGCCAAAAAUACCACCCAAAUGAUAACAAUCUUUGAAAUCGUUCGGAAUAUGGAAUGACACCGGAGAUAUUUAUUGAUGAUUAAUCAGAACGGAUUAUAAUUUCAAUGAGUAGUAUUUUCCCUUUCAUCUUGGUAAGCGUGUUUCAUAACUAGGCCUAUCUAAUCAACAUCAUCACAUCUGGAAUCGGACCCAGACCUAAUUUUGCCAAGAUGAUGGAAAUCGACGAGGUUGUAUAUCAAGACGACUAUGGCUCAGUGUCCGUUAUGUCGGAGCGGGUGUCGGGCCUGGCCAACAGUAUCUAUCGGGAGUUCGAGCGCCUCAUCAGCAGCUACGAUGAGGAAGUGGUCAAGGAGCUAAUGCCGCUGGUGGUGAACGUUCUGGAGAAUCUAGAUUCGGUUUUAACGGAAAACCAGGAGCACGAGGUGGAGCUCGAGCUGCUGAAGGAGGACAACGAGCAGCUCAUCACCCAGUACGAGCGCGAGAAGGCGCUGCGCAAGCAGGCAGAGGAGAAAUUCAUAGAGUUUGAGGAUGCGUUGGAGGGGGAGAAGAAGGACCUGCAGACUCAUGUGGAGAGCCUGGAACUGCAGAGGAAACAGCUGGAGCUCAAGACCAAGAACUAUUCUGACCAGAUCACGCGUCUGGAGGAGCGUGAGUCAGACAUGAAGAAGGAGUACAACGCUUUGCACCAGCGACACACAGAGAUGAUUCAAACAUACGUGGAGCAUAUUGAGAGGUCCAAGAUGCAACAGGCAGGGAACAACAGCCAGUCAGAAGGGCCAGGCAGUGGACGAACUCAACGCCACGUGUGGAGGAAAAGCAAGGUGGAGCGUCCCCCGUCAUUGAGCUUGUACCCCAGUGGAGAGGGCAUGGGAAUGGUACGUGGGGGUCUCGGGGGGGCUAGGAUGCCUGGGUCUGGGACCAACGUCUGGCAGGUCAGCGAGCUCAGCCAAUCGCGCUACAUCUCUGGCUACCAGGAGGAUGGUUCCGAGUCGGACUCGGUGGCGGCCACGCCCAGUAGCACAGGAAGUAAGUCCAACACGCCCACGUCCUCCGUCCCUUCCGCCACCGUCACGCCCCUCAACGAGGGCUUCCUACCGCCCGGCGAGUUCGACCCAAUGCAUGCUGUAAGCCGCGGCAGGAAGAGUACUAAACGCCUCAGCAGAAACAUGGAGGUGCAGGUCUCCCAGGAAACCAGGAACGUCAGCAUUGGUAUGGGUAGCAGUGACGAGUGUUCAGAAAUCCAAGAGAUCAUCGAUUCCACCCCAGAGCUGGAUAUGUGUGUGGACCCCCGUCUCUAUGGUGGAGGAAACAGUCCUUCCCAGGGAAUCGUGAACGAGGCAUUCGGUAUCAACACAGACUCCCUCUACCAUGAGAUCAAGGAUGCCAAGUCUGACAUAAUCGGGGAUGUUGACGCCGGGGCGGAGCUUCUAGGGGAGUUCUCAGUCCGUGAUGAUUUUUUCGGGAUGGGCAAGGAGGUGGAGAAUCUGCUGACGGAGAACAAACAUCUUCUGGAGACCAAAAAUGCUCUGAACAUCGUGAAGAACGACCUAAUAGCCAAAGUGGAUGAGCUCUCUGGGGAGCAUGAGGUGCUGAGAGAGGAACUGGAGGCCCUUAGGACCACCAAGAACAAAGUAGACACAAAGGUUAAAGAACUGGAAGAAGAGCUGAAGAGGUUGAGAGCAGAAGCUCUGAUUCUGGGAGCAUCUCAGGACUCCAAGGAUGAAGGAGGAGAAGAUUACUCGUCUCCGAUGGUGGAUGGAGAUGUGACUAUGACGCAGCGUCGGCGUUUCACGCGGGUAGAGAUGGCCAGGGUCCUGAUGGAGAGGAACCAGUACAAGGAGAGACUAAUGGAACUACAGGAGGCUGUCCGGUGGACAGAGAUGAUCAGGGCAUCCAGGGAGAGUCCUCAGAUGCAGGAGAAGAAGAAAUCCACCAUCUGGCAGUUUUUCGCCCGUCUGUUCAGUUCCUCGGCCAGUCCCCCGCCGGUCAAGCGUCCCUACUACAGCGUCAACAUCCACUACAAAUCCCCGUCCCCUGCAGGCUUCCCCCAGAGACGCAGCCACACCAUGUGUCAGAUCUCCACCUCAAACCGAACCCUGGAGUUUUUCCCAGAAGAACUGGCCAGUAAUGGUGUUGCGUCUCUCCUUAGCGACUCUGCGCUAACGGCUCGUCGUGAGCAGCGUAGGGAACAGUACCGGCAGGUCCGAGAGCACAUGCGCCGCGAUGACGGCAUUAUGCAGGCCUGCGGCUGGAGCGUGCCGCCACGCUUCAAACAGACUGGUGCUCAGCUGGACAGUGCACUGGAAGGCCCGCUGAAGAAACAACAGGCCAAUGAGAAGGAGGACAACCGCAUGAAGAAUGUCCCUGUUCCUGUCUACUGUCGCCCCCUAGUGGAGAAGGACCCCAACAGGAAGUUGUGGUGUGCGGCGGGCGUGGACCUGGCGGGAUGGAAGAUGUGCACUCAGGAUAUUAUGACAGUAAAGGCUGGCCCCGGCAACGGCGUUACGAAUCCUCUAGCCAUAGAGGAGGGAGAGGGAGGAGACGGCAAGAGCAACCACAGCUCACCAGAGAAGAGAAAGUCUAAGGAGCUCCAUGAAACAGACACUAUGAGUAGCAGAGUCUGGAUCCUGACCAGUACCCACUCGGCCAGCAAGGUGGUCAUCAUUGAUGCCAACCAGCCUGGCUCGUUGGUCGACCAGUUCAACGUCUGCAAUGCCCACGUGCUCUGUAUCUCCAGCGUGCCAGCGGCCAGUGAGAGUGACUACCCGGCGGGUGAGAUCAUGCUGGACUCUGGGGAGGGUGGUGGUGAGGAGACAGGCGGGGUGGAGGGCAUGCUAGCAGGCAUCACCCUGGUGGGCUGUGCCACCAACUGUAGCGUGGUCCGCAGCAACUGCUCCUCGCGCACCGACACACCCGUACUGGACCGGGGGCAAGCUCCUACUGCUCCACCACUCAGUGGGAAGCUGCACCCGGCCCAGUCAGCAGAGGAGGCCACAGAGGCUACAGAGGUAGCUGAGCCGGCCGCCAGCGAGACAGACAACAGAUUGGGACCUCCAGGGCCAUUCAUGGAGCACGUCUUCACAGACCCCCAGCCUCCGGUGGUUGAUGAUGGCCAAUACGACCGGUGUGCAGGCCAGUCAAAAGAGGAGUCUAACUCCCCACCCCAGGAGACGGAGGAUGGAAGCGACGACCCGAAAGCUGGAACCAGCGUCGCCCCCACCAUGUGGCUGGGAGCACAAAAUGGCUGGCUUUACGUCCAUUCGGCAGUGGCCAACUGGAAGAAGUGUCUCCACUCCAUCAAACUGAAGGACUCUGUGCUCAGUCUAGUGCAUGUGAAGGGUCGUGUGCUUGUGGCUCUGGCAGACGGGACACUGGCUAUCUUCCACAGAUCCGAGGACGGGCAGUGGGACCUUUCUAACUACCACCUGAUGGACCUGGGUAGACCACACCACUCUAUCCGCUGCAUGGCCAUGGUCCAUGACAAAGUGUGGUGUGGCUACAAGAACAAGAUCCAUGUCAUCCAGCCCAAGAGCAUGCAGAUAGAGAAGUCCUUUGACGCCCACCCUCGCAGGGAGAGCCAGGUGAGGCAGCUGGCGUGGAUCGGGGAUGGGGUGUGGGUGUCAAUCCGUCUGGACUCCACGCUGCGUCUCUACCACGCCCUCACACACCAGCACCUACAGGAUGUCGACAUCGAACCCUACGUCAGCAAGAUGCUGGGUACUGGCAAGCUGGGCUUCUCCUUUGUGCGAAUAACAGCCCUUCUUAUUGGUGGAAACCGCUUGUGGGUGGGGACUGGGAAUGGUGUGGUCAUCUCCAUACCACUGACAGAGACGGUAGUACUUCAUCGGGGACAGCUCCUAGGUCUGAGGGCCAAUAAGGUGUCUCCGACGUCAUCCGGCGGUGUGGCCGGGGGUGUGAUUCAUGUGUAUGCGGACGACAACCCAGAGAAAAGCAGCGGCAGCUUCAUCCCAUACUGCUCCAUGGCCCAGGCUCAGCUCUGUUUCCAUGGACACAGAGAUGCCGUCAAGUUCUUUGUCUCUGUGCCAGGCAACGUGUUGGCCACCCUAAAUGGUAGUGUGCUGGACAGUCCGUCAGAGGGUCAGGGGUCCUCGGCACAGCCGGAGGCUGAGGCUCAGAGCGUACAUAACGUCCUGGUGCUGAGUGGAGGGGAGGGCUACAUCGACUUCCGCAUCGGUGAUGGCGAGGACGACGAGACAGAGGAAGGGGAGGUUUCGGGGGGCGCCCUGCAGAUGAAGCCUGCCGUAUGCAAAGCCGAGCGGAGCCAUAUCAUCGUGUGGCAGGUGUCCUACGUCCCCGAGUGACACUCCCACCCUCAAGGGUCACCUUGCGUCUCCCUGUCCCCCUUCUUGCACCCAGAUGAUCACCCACUUCUCCCAUCCUAAAACUAACCCACCCUACCCACCCCGCUCUUCCCUGCCCCUGUAUCUACCCCUGGUCAUGAUGUAACUAUCCCUAGGCUUGGAAAUGACCCCUCAGCCUCUGUACGUACUAUUACACUCCUUUUAACUAUCGAUAUCUCCCCCAAAGACCUUGUAACUACCUAUUGCCUUGUAAGUAUCACUCCCACAGUCCAGUAACUUUCAAAAUACCUUGACUAUGACUACCCCCUUCCCCUCCCUCCCUCGCCCUGUUUCUUGCCGCUUCUACCAAUGUAAUUGUCUCCCCCCACCAUGAGCCUUGUAACUACCCCUGCCUCCUAACUACCUCCGCUACCAUGUAUCUACUCCCUAAAGCCUGGAGUCUGUCUUAAAUGGCACCCUAGUCCCUAUAUGGUGCAUUACUUUUGAUAAAAACCCAUAUUGCGCUGGACAAAACUAAUGCACUAUAUAGGGAAUAGGGUGCCAUUUUAGACGGCACCCAGAUGUACUUUCCCCUGGAAGUACAUCUGUAUCUCUCCUGUAUUUGACCUUUGACUUGUAAUGGCCUGCAUCUUCCCCCAAGCUACCCCCUGAUACCUACAUUCACCCCUAACCCAACCCUUUCUUGCUUCGCCCACCUGCAUCUUAUCGAAAACACAAGUACAGGAACAUUAAAGACUACUGCAUAAUAUAACGCCUCUCCAGAAAUUACCCAAGUUUUGGCAACCAGUAAUCCCAAAACUAUUUAUGGUAGGACCCCCCACCUCCAAUCAGCUUUCAGCUCACUGAACCACGCUGGAAACAGAGACAGCUGAUUGGUCAAGAGGAAUUCAGAGAUAGGCAGCUAUUGGUCGGAGUGAGUGACACGGUCACUAGCCGCUCAUUGGUGCGUUGAAUGUAGAGAGAGAGAGACUGACAGUUGAUUGGUUGGUUCAGGGUGAUUUUACCUCAGCCAGCUGUUAGUUAGAAGGUGAGGAGACGUUGUUGAAUGUACUGGGAAAAAACAAGAUCAGUCUUGAAUGCAUUGGCCUGUAAAUACAGUGAAGUUUGAUCAGGAGGUGUGCAGACUCAGGAUGCCUCGGAAAAUGGCGCCCUAUGCCCUUUACAAUGCACUACUUUUGACCAGAACCCGAUGGUUCCUUGUCAAAAGUAGUGUACUAUAUAGGGAAUAGGGUGCCAUUUGGAAUACAGAUGUAGUUAAAUUCAUGGGGAAUAACUGAGCCAGUAAAUCAGGUGUAGUGGAGUGAAGAGAAAUUCUUUUUUUGGCAUCAGAGGAUGAACAGGGAUUUUAAUUGCUCCACAUUAGAAGCAAGUUUCCAGACAGCCUUAUGGACAUAGAUUGGCCGUGUUUGAGCGAAUCAAAUAUGUGAUGCAUUGUGGGUAAAUUGUGACUGACUGAUUGAUCUACAAAUAAUAAUGAGUAGUUAUUUAUGAUGCAAGGUGAUUCGUAGAUCAGUCAGUCAGUCAGGCUGCACUGUCUAUCAAACCCAAACUCCCCUGUAGAGAAAAUGGACAGGUAAAAGAGGCUCAGUUCUGUUUCGGCCUUUGUAAAAACCUAUCUAGUCUUCUCAGGUCUGUGAACACCAAAGGGGUAAGGGCGAAGGGGAAAGUAACCGUGCCAAAUAGUGGAAGGAGAGCGAGAGCCAGGCAUAUCCUAGACUGUGAGCUGUUUGGUCCGUAACUAAUUCACCAACCGCCCACUCUACUCUGAUUCCCAGACUUACAGUUGGACAGUGAGGUUUGUGCAUGGUCGCCUGUUUUGAGUGACAGCUGUCAUUGACGAUUCUGUAACUCUCCAGACAUGUCCAAGGCCCCUCCCCUUCUUGUUCAGUAUGUUACUCAUAUGUUGAUCUCUUUAUCUGUGUGGAUUAAAUAUUAAACUUAUUUGUGCGCUGAAAACCAGA